AUGCUGGACGUCGCGCCGCUCACGUUCCUAGUGGUCUUCAUCGUUUGCACCGUGGGAGCAUGGAUAGUCUCCAAGUUCUUCACGCAGAUCGUGACCCUCGCGAUCAAGGUUACCACAGGAAAUUCGCUGAGCUUUCGCGUGCUUGGCCUCUUGAAGGUCAAGGAUAUCCAUUGCGCCUUCAAAAAGAGCGUGACGAUACGCGAGGUGAAGGGCCACCUGGCAUCCCUGAGCAGCCUCAAGCUGCGCCUGCGCGUCAAGAUCAAAGACGUUGACAUCGUGCUCCGCCCCUCGCCCCCCUCCACCUCCAAAAAGAAGAAAAAAGCCUCCAAAAAUGCCUUCAGCAGCAGCGGAUCCGCGGCUAAGGGCCCGGCCAGGAAGGCCGGGGCGAUUGCCGCCGCCUGGGGCCGGUGGAAGCUUCUGGGAAGCUUCUCCCGGGUGGUUCGGGUGUGCCUGUUUGACGUGUCUGUGCGGUGGGCUCAGGCCCCUGACGUGUGCUUCCAGUUGAGGGAAUUUGAUCUGUUCUCCACGGCUGAUGCCUCGGGGAAAGGGCAGGUGGCUAUGCGAUUGGAGCUGCUGGGUAUCUCGCUCUCCCAUCGCCCCCCUGUUUCUGAGAAGAGCCCUGGGCUCCGAUCUAGAUCGAUGAAUCUGUUUAGGAUUGGCGGUGGGGGUGGGGGUGGGGGUGGGGAGGAGGGAGAGGGGGAAGGGGAGUGGGAUGGUGGGGGAGAAGAGAGGGGAAGAAGGAGUGUGGGAGGAGGAGAGGGGAGUGGGGAUGAUUCGCUGCCGUUGAUGCUGCUGGAGAGCUGGACGACUGAUGUGGCACUAGGGUUUGACAGAGAGGUAGGCAUAGCAGUGCGGCAGCUGCAGCUGAACUGGUCGGAGCUCGAGCUGAACCUCUCUGAGCGUCUGCUCGCCCUGCGCAUUGUCAAGGCCCCCAAGCGCCCCCCUGCCGCCCAGCCCCCUGUUCCUGCUGCACCCGUGGCUGCCGCGGCAGUUCCUGUGCUGGUGAACGAGAGAAAACGUCCCAACCUCCCAGAAAAGGUGCGUGCAAGAGUGGAAGUAAUUAUGUCUCGCAUCAUGCCCUGCCCCCCUCAUCGCCCUGCCCUUCUUCCCGUUUUCGCCCCAUUCCCCCCUGCACCAGGUGCAAGUCACCCUACCACGAAUCAUGCUGCGCCUCUGGCACCACCGCUGCAGCCUCCUGCUGCCCCCCAUUACCGUGUCCCCUCUGCUCCCCCUGCUCCCCCUAUUUUUCCCACUUCCUUCUCCCUGCACCAGGUGCAAGUCACCCUGCCUCGCAUCAUGCUGCGUCUGUGGCAUCACCGCUGCGGCCUCCUGCUGCGCAGCAGCUGCGGCCCCAUCUCCCUCUCCUCCACGCUCUCCCGCCCAGCGCCUGACCUCUCAGUCAUCGAGGCUGAUUUCAGCAUCGGCAUUGUGGAGGUGAGUGAGCUGAUAGGGAAGGACGCUGAUAGGGUACUCAUUUCUCUCCCUUCCAACUCGUUACUCCCCUCUCCCACCCAUUCUUCCCUACUCUCCCUCGCUCCCCUCACCAACCCUCCCCUCCCCCCCUCUGUUGUCUUCCUGCCACCCAUCUCCCCAGGUUCUGAAGAGUGCCGAGGUCAAAUCUGCCUCUUUAUUCUGCGCUAUGCCAGUUUACCGUGCCCACAUUUCGUUGCUCUCUUGUGUUUUGAGCUCUCCACCCAGCCACCCCACCUCCUCUUAUCGCCCGUUAUCCUGAACCCCUUUCCCCCGCCGUUGCUUCCUCCCUCAGACGGCAGAGGCAGUGCGGGCAGAGGUGGACGUGACCCUCUCAGCCGUGGACUGGCGGGUGUUCCCUGCUACUCUCUCCCCAUGGGUGCCCCUCCCUCACUUUCCGAUUUCACCACUUCCAACCGCCUUGCACCUCCAUUCUUCCCCACCGUCUCCCUCUCCCUCCCUCAGACGGCAGAGGCAGUGCGGGCAGAGGUGGACAUGACUCUAUCAUCUGUCGACUGGCGGGUGUUCCCUGCUACUCUCGCCCCGCUUGAGGCAGUGGUGGGAGCAGUAGGAGCAAAGCUUACAGUACAUGAUUAUGACGGCACUCCUCUCUAUAAGGCCUCUGCUGCCAAGUUCCACCUCUUCCUCUCCAAAUCCACUGGCUCCCCCCCUGCUGCUACUGCUGCUCCACACGCCUCUUCUUCGACCCCAAUGGGGCCUGAUUCCCCUGGUUCUGCUGCCGGUGGUGGGAAGGCAGGGUGGGGCAGAAGCAAGGGUGGGCGGUACUCGUUUCUGAGCCGGUCUGGGAGUGUUCUGGGCGGGGGGCCGAGGGGAGGAGGGGGGGCUGCAGGAGCGGGAGGAGGAGGAGGAGACGGAGCAGCCGCAGCAGCCAGCAGUCCUGGGGUUUCCAGGACUAGCAGCAGGGCGGAAGCAGCAGCAACUAGGGCGGGUUUUAGCAGGUCUACGAGCUGCUUUGCUGCCAGUCCUUCUGGUGCUGCUGGUGGUAGUGGUGGCGUUGGUAGGGGCUCUGCCUCCGCCUUCCCUUCCUCCUCCUCCAUCUCCGCUUCUCCUGCUGCUGCUGCUGCCACCGCCGCUGCUGCUGUUGGGACGAGCACUGCUGCUGGUGUUGCAGCUGGUGGUGGUGAGAGUGUGGUGGAGGUACAGGUAGAGUAUUCAGGCGUGCAGGUGGCACGUCUGCCCAGAGAAGAGGAUUUCGCCAGGCUUGCUGAGGCAGACGGUGGUGCCAGUGCUGCUGGUGCCGCUGCUCCUGCUGCUCCUGCUGCUGCUGCGGCUGCGGCUGCGGCUGCUGUGCCUCGGGAGCAGGUGUUUAUUCAGGUGUCGCGCCUGGGAGUAGAGUGGGGCCCUGGGAUCCCCGACAACUGGGAAGAGCUUGGGGAUUCAUCCGGAGAAAGGAGAGGGGGGGAGUCAUCAGGGGCAGCAGAAGCAGGAGCAGGAGGAGAAUCAGGAAGGGGGUUAGGAGCAACAGGGAGUGCCAGUUCCCCCGGUAGUGGCUCUGGUGGGGGCGCGUAUAGAGUGGUCAGUGGAGGGGGGAGUGGGGGGAGCGGGGGAGGGGGGAUACUAGACAAAGUAAUGAUGGUGCAGGUGGGGGUGCGGGGACUCAGACUGCGCCCCUCCUUCCCCCUCCUGGGAUCGAUUGCAGAGGAAAUCACCCGAGCAGAGCAGUUUGUCAAGAGGGAGAAGAAGAGAGGUGCGAGCACAGUAGGUGCUGCUGCGGGUGGGGCUGACGCGACUGCUGCUGGUAAAGAGCCAGGCAAAGGGAAGAGCAAGAGUAAGGGCAAGGGGAAGGGCAAGGGCAAAGGUGUGAAGGCGUUUCGGAUAGUCCUGGACGACUCGCUCCUGGAGCUGGAGUGUCCCUGCACGGUGGUAGAAGCUGACGUGCUAGACCCAAAGAAAGUUCACUUUGGGGAUGAGCUGGGGGAGAGAAUUUUCCACCUCACCCCUGAGGGAGACCUUCGAGUGGCGAAGGUUAGGAGGUUUGAGUGGGAGGGGGUUGAGCAUGCUUCUGUGGUGUGUGCGUUGCGGGUGGAGCUGCCUUCGGUGUCGGUUGGAGGGAGAGUCGGGGGAAAGCAGGUGCAGGUUGGGGUGGAAGGGGCGAGAGUGGUGUAUGUGGAGAAAGGGGAGGGUGGGGAGGUGGGGGGUGCGGUGCGGAGCGGUGGAGUUGGGUUUGGGACGGGGGGUUUGGAAGGGAAGGGAGGGGAGGAGAAGCGGGUGGGGAGGGAGGGUGGGAGGAGGCAGGAUGGGGUGAUUGCAGAGGUGGUGGUGUGCCGGUUACAAAUGGCCCAUGUGUUGCUUCGGAAAGGGUUGCUAUGUCCGGACGGAGGUCCGGCGCCGGACCGGGUGGUGGUUACCGCAGCUGGGCUGGAGGCUCGGUGGGAGCCGGACGUGCAGGUUCUGGUGGUGGAGGUAGGGGAGGAGAUGAAGGAGGCAAAGAAGCCGAAGCCGUUGGUGGCAGUGGAUGUGACGGGGGUGGUGGUGACGGUGGGGAUAGGCGACGAGACAGAGAUGCGUGUGGAGGCCAGGGGGCUCUUCUCUGAGGACGCGGCCAUGGGAGCGCUGCUAGAGGGGCUGGCGUUGCGCAUCAACGGAGCUGCUAUGCUCUUCAGCGAGUCGUUCCAGAUGCGUGUGGAGGCCAGGGGGCUGUUCUCGGAGGACGCGGCCAUGGGGGCGCUGCUAGAGGGGCUGGCGUUGCGCAUCAACGGGGCUGCUAUGCUCUUCAGCGAGUCGUUCCAGAUGCGUGUGGAGGCCAGGGGGCUGUUCUCGGAGGACGCGGCCAUGGGGGCGCUGCUAGAGGGGCUGGCGUUGCGCAUCAACGGGGCUGCUAUGCUCUUCAGCGAGUCGUUCCAGAUGCGUGUGGAGGCCAGGGGGCUGUUCUCGGAGGACGCGGCCAUGGGGGCGCUGCUAGAGGGGCUGGCGUUGCGCAUCAACGGGGCUGCUAUGCUCUUCAGCGAGUCGUUCCAGGUGAGUGAUGAGGUGCCUCCAACACAGUGUGUAGGUGCCUCAAAGAUGGUACUGAGACAGACAGAGAUGCGUGUGGAGGCCAGGGGGCUGUUCUCGGAGGACGCGGCCAUGGGGGCGCUGCUAGAGGGGCUGGCAUUGCGCAUCAACGGGGCUGCUAUGCUCUUCAGCGAGUCGUUCCAGGUUUCUCGUGUGCCGAGUGCAACCCCAGUGGUGGUCGCACCUCCCUCCGCCCCCCCACCACAGCCAGGAACGAGCACACCCACAGUGUGGGACUAUGUGAUUCAGGCGAGCUCAUCGCGCUUCAUCCUGCCGUUCCAGUUUGAGGUGCGGGCCGUGGAGGACAGUGCAGAGGACAUGAUGCGCGUGCUCAAGGCUAAAGGCCUCAUACGCCUUAUAGUGAAGGAGCUGCUUUUAGAGGUGGAGGAGGAGCCGAUUCAAGGGUGGCUGGACGAGAGGAGACAGCUUAUGAGACCACUGGUGGAAGAUAAGUUGGUGAGGGAGAGAUUGCUGGAGGAAGAGGAGGAGAAUCUGAUGGGCGGGGAUAUUUUUCCCGCUGGUUUAGAGGGGCUUGUUGGGGAGGUAGCAGGGGGCGGGGAUGGGGAGAAGUCACCGCAAGAUGUGAGAGGAGGGGGAGGAGGAGGGGGGUUAGGAGGGGGAGGAGGGGGAAAAGGGGUGAGUCCGCAAGUGUUGGCGGCAGCAGCGGCUGCAGCAGAGGCUGUUGGGCCUACAGGUGAAGCCAAGGGUACUGCGGUCAGGCUGAAACUUUUCCGAGAACGUUUCCAGGCUGCCCGGGAGGAUCUGCACCGGCGGGCAUGCCUGGCGUACAAAGCAGCGUGCGAAAAUCUUGUGAAGGAUCCAGGCACAGGCUGGGCGUAUAAAAUCGGGCUGAAUGAAAAGUUUCCGAUGACCACCACACGAAGAAGCGCUGCUAGCUUGUGGUUUGCGUUUGCCGAGCUGGCUCUGAUACCAAUAGAGCACGGGCGGCAGGGCAUGGUGGCGAAAAUUUGCGAGCUAGACACUGUUCCUGCUUCGGAUAAGGUACCCAUUGCUAGGAUGUACGGGCGUGGAGUGGAGCUUUCGUGUGUGGGGCUGAAAUUCUCCCUUAGGGACUUCCCGCUUCCGCUGUUUGCGGCAGCUUCCGGGAAGCUUCGUGCAACGGCGAUCAUGGCAGCACAGGCCACAGUGCACCAGCCGCAGCAGAAGUCCGACGUGUUUCUGGGAAGGUUCCGCCGGGUUACCGUGUUACGAACGGCCAGCGGAGCCACCCCUCCGUUGAAGUUCUACUAUGAGGCUGAAGCAGAGUUUGAAUCGGCCGAUCUGUCGUACGGGGUGGGGUAUGAGCCGAUGCUGUUUGCCGAUGUGAGUUACGCGGUAACCUGCGCCGUGCGGAAGGGCCAGCCGACGACGAGGCAGGCGAAGGUGAUUGCGGCGGCAGCGGCGGCGGCAGCAGCAGCUGGGGUACCGUACCCUCCGGUGCAGAACACCCUCUCUGUGCCUGCUCUUGCAGCUGUGGCGGACCCUGCUGCGGCUCCUCCUGUGUGGCCUCCGGUGGAAAGAAGCUUGCCGUGGUGGGAUAUUAUGAGGUACUACAUGCACGGGCAUGCGCAUAUUGUGGCUCUGGACUAUCAGGUGUUUCUUCAGGCUACUGUGGACCCGUACGAGCAGAACGACAUGCUCACGCUGGUGGGGUCUCGGCUGGUGUUUUCCCAGAAGAAGGGGCAGAUGUUUGUGCGAGGGGAGGACUUAGAAGCGCACAUGUCGAGCGUGCCAGAGGAUCCGUUACGGAAGGCAGACGCGUGGGUGAGAGAGGGGGGAUCGGGCGGGAUCGGGAGGGCGACAGGCGGGGGAGGGGAGGGCGGGCGGUGGGAGGGAGACGAGUUCCUCCGCGCACCUGCUAUAGAGACGCCGGUUUUGGAGCUGGAUAUAAGGAUAGACUGGGAGGUGGAGGGGAAUGGGGACGCCUGUGCACAUUAUUUGCACGCGCUGCCAACAGAACCAGGCAUGAGAACGGUUCUGUACGAUCCGUUCCGGUCUGUGGGGAUGAACUUCCGGUGGGACUGGCGGUUUUUGUCCAAGGAGCAGGCGAGGGUGAUUCACAGCAAAGGGGAGAAGAGAGGGAAGAGCAGUGUGGGUGGUGGUGGGGUGAGGGUGGGUCGGAGCAGCAGUGCCAUUGAUCUCCGGCCUGGUGGCCCCACUGCUGCUGCUGCUGGCGCUGCUAGUGCUGGCAGCGAUGCUGCUGCUGCGGGUGCAUCUGGUGUUUUGGGCAGGCACGCACAUGGAUCACCGGCAGGACCAGCCAUACCGCGCUCCACCUCUCUGUCUUCUGCUUCGUUCUCCCGGGCCUCCUCCUCCUCCCACCGCUUCCCCGACGACGAAGAUUUCUUCUCGGGCAGCUCAACUGCCCACCGAUCGGCGUCCAGCACCAGCGGCGGGUCGUUCUCGUCCGUUGGAUUCGAACCCGGGGCUGAGUCAGCGUCAGGAGCGGGUUUGAGUGCAAGUGGGCGUUUGCAAUCUCAGAGACACAGGAGAACGUCGUCAGGCAGUAUGCCUUGGCAUGUGGGAGCAGGGAAUUGGGAAGGCGGAGGAGAAGGAGGGGGAGGAGGAGGUGGGGGUGCAGGUGCUGCCGUGGCUGGCGGUUUUGACAGCCCACGCAUCGGAGGAGUAGGAAUCGGAGCAAGCGGAGGAAUCGGAGGAAGCGGAGGAAUCGGAGGGAUGGGAGGAGGGUUUGAGGUUGCCGGGGGGGGAGUGCGCCAGCCGACGUUCAACCUGGCGAGCCACGACAUCAAGUGGCUGUUCAAAUUCUACAACCUCAUGUACCUCUCCUCCCACAAGCUCCGGAACUUCGGCCGCCGCCGCUACGGCAUCGCAAGGAAGCCCAAAUCCGGCAACCUGAACCUCAGCCAGGUCAUGUCUGAGAUGCUCAUCCGCCUGCAUAUCGCCCCGGGCGCGUGGCGGCAUUAUUCGUUCCGGAACCCGGACCCGGCGGAAGGGCUGGUGUUGCUGGUCGAUGAGUUGGUGUAUGAGUUGUGUUAUAGCAGGAAUUUGAAGGCUUGGGAUGGGCAGUCAAGAAGGCCGAGCUUUAAGACGGCGCAUACGGGGCUGGAUGUUGUGCGGAUGAGGAUUGUAGUGGAGGAGCCUGGGAGUGGGGAGGGGGAAGGGGAUGGGCAGGAGGGGAGUGGGGGGAUGGAGGGUGGAGGUGGGGGAGGGGGAGUGGGGAGAGGGGGUGUUGGUGUGACGAGUGGGCAGGUUUUGGAAGGGGAUGAAGCUUCUGAGAAGAUUCUGGAGUUGUUGAUGGGGGAGGAUGAGGUGGGUGGGGGUGGAAGGGAGGGGAUGUUGGGAGGGGUGGCGGAGGAAAGGAGCAUACUGGGGAAAGGAAUGGUUACCAGACGAAGCACCGGAGGCAGCAGCUUCGGAUGGGGGGGAGGAGAGGGGUUGGGGGGGGGAGGAGGGGGAGGGGGACUGGGAGAGGAAGCAGGAGGUGGGGGGAGGGGCACGGGGGCAGCGGGAUUCAGGAGCAGCAGCAGCGCAAGGGGAGGAAUUGUGGGGGAAGGAUGGACAAAGGCCGAUCAGAGUUUCCUGAUGUCGUGUGAUGGGGUUAUGAUUCGCAAGCAGGCGCCUGACGGGAACGCGGAGCAGAUUCAAAAGUGGCGCGUGGGGGAGGGAUGGAAGGGAUGGCUUAUGGGGGCAGCAGGUGGUGGUGGGGAGGCGGAAGGAAGGGGAGCAGGAGGAGACGGCGAGGGGAACAAGCCGUCCCCGUCGCGCCAGCUGGCGCAACGCAAGAGGCUGGAGGCGGCCGGGGGAGUCCCGCCGCCGGUGGUGGGGGCGGCGCUGGUGGCGGCGCAAGUGGCGGCUCAGAUCGCAGCGGAGAAGGCGGAGAAGGAGGCAGCCAAGGCCGCUGCUGCUGCUGAGGCUGCUGCUGCGGCGGCAGCAGCGGCAGAAGCACAAGCAAAAGCGACGGGAGUGGCGGAGGGUGGACAGGCAGGACUGGGGGAUGGUGUUGUUGGUGGUGGUGGUGCGGCCGGUGGUGGAGGAGGGGGAAAGGGAGGGGUGGGCGAUGGGGCGGCGGGUAUGGGGAUGGAAGGAGAGGACGACAACUGCACGUUGAACUACAUGAUCAACAUCAUCCGGCCGCAGUUCAACUUCCACUCUGAAGAUGCGCACGGUCAGUUCCUUCUAGCUGCCAAGAGCGGGCGUGUGCUCGCCCGCACCUUCCACUCAGUCUUUGCCGGGGCCAUCGAAGCCCUCGCUGUCAUCACUCCCUUCAUCCUUCCCUUCCCCUACCCCUCCUCUAUCCCUUCUUCAGGGUCGGUCGUUUCCUCCUCGCCGCCAAGAGCGGGCGUGUGCUCGCCCGCACCUUCCACUCAGUCUUUGCCGGGGCCAUCGAAGCCCUCGCUGUCAUCACUCCCUUCAUCCUUCCCUUCCCCUACCCCUCCUCUAUCCCUUCUUCAGGGUCGUUUCCUCCUCGCCGCCAAGAGCGGGCGUGUGCUCGCCCGCACCUUCCACUCAGUCUUUGCCGGGGCCAUUGAAGCCCUCGCUGUCAUCACUCCCCCUCCUCCUCCUCCUCCUCCUCCUCCUCCUUCCUCCUCCGCAUCUACCUCCUCUGCGCCUCCUCCUCCUCCCCCCUCCUCCUCCAUCUCCUCCUCUGCUCCGCCUGCUCUGUCCCUGACCAGCACCCCUCCCUCCACUGUGCCUCCCUCCCCUUCCUCCACCUCCAACGCGUCUACCUUAUCCUCCUCCGCUCUUCCUCUCUCCGCCCUUAGUACUGCAGACUCCACUCCCCUUGUACCUGGGUCAGUUGCAGCUGGGGUUGCAGGAGCAGCGGGAGCAGGAGCGGCAGCAGAGCCAGUGGCAGCACCAGCAGUAGCAGGCAAAGGGGAAGGGACCGGGGUGGGAGUAGGGACAGGGUCAGGGUCAGGAGGAGCAGGAGCAGGAGCAGGGGCAGCAGCAGCAGCAGCAGCAUCACCACUAGCAGCAGCAGUGCCAUCCCUAGCCCCUCCACCACCGCACACGUCAGACAUCAUGCCAGGAUUCGGUGAUGACCUGGACACGAUUCAGUGGAACAGGCACGAGCUGGCUGUCAUGCUGGAGAACGUGCAGGCCUACGUGGCACCCACUGACGUGGACCUGACAGCUGGCGUGCAGUGGUUGGCCCACGUGCCCAUGGGUGCCGGGAGGAGGGGAGGAGGGAGUGGUGGGAAGGGGAGGAGGAGGAGGGGUGGGGGGAUGGUUGGGAGAGGGUCGGAAGGGAAUCUUGCUGGUGGUGCCACAAGUGGGGAUGGUGACGGUGACGAUGGCGAUGGUGCUGCUGGUGCUGGGCCAAGCGGAGUGCUGUUGCUGGGAAGAGGGGCUGCUAGUAACGGGGAUAUGGAGGGCAGUCACCUGUUGAAGCAGGUGUUUCAGCCGUGCACCAUGUACCUGGAGUAUACCCGAUACAAGAGCGGGUCCCAGGGUGCCCAGAAGAAGCCAUUGAAGGAAGUGAGUUUCAGUGUGCCCAACAUCACGGCCACCAUGACAUCCCAGCAGUUCCAGACGCUCACCGACAUCAUCAUGAACCUUGCGCUCGCGCCCACGCCCAAGUUGAAGAAGCCAAAAGUGCGGCCCGAUGCAGAUGAGGACGAGGAGGAAGAGGAGGAGUAUGGGUCGCGCCCCGACGGAGUUCCCGAGGUGGAGGCGGCAGAGGUGAAGGCAGAGGUGGCGCAGCGGGCAGUGAACGCGCUCAUCCAGGACCUCUGGAGCACUGCCGCUCUCACAGCCUCCAGGGUUCACGGGCCUGAGCUGGCGUUUGCUGGCAGCUGGGACGGAGGGGGAGGAGGCGGAGGGGGGAAUGCGGGUGUGUUUGGGUCGGGGCGGCUGGUUCUGGAGGAGGAGGAUCCGACCCACAAGAGCCUUGUGCUCGCGCCACCCAUGGUGCUGGUCGCUGCUCUCAAAGGAGAGUACCUCGUGCGCAGAGCUUACCUGCGGGCGGCGAGGCAGGAGUGCCGAGCGGCGGUGGGGCGGGCGGCGCGGCAGCAGCGGGAGAAGCAGAAGCAGCCGUCGUCGGCAGUGGCUGUGAUAUGGACCAUCGACAGGGCGGCGUGGUCGCUGCUGAGUGAUGGGCAUGUGUUUGCAGAGGCUGAGAUCCAACACAUGCUCCUGAACGUGGACAGGGACUUCAAUGACAUAGGCAUGGCGUGCUUUGUCAUCAAGUCCAUUGCAGUGCAACUAUUUGGUCUCCGCCCUUUCUCACUUCCCCAUCCACGUCCCCCCUUUCCCACACUGCUUUCCCCACUCACCAUCUGCCCUCCACCACCACAUCAGCUCCUGAAUGUGGACAGGGAUUUCAACGACAUAGGCAUGGCGUGCUUUGUCAUCAAGUCCAUUGCAGUGCAACUAUUUGGUCUCCGCCCUUUCUCACUUCCCCAUCCACGUCCCCCCUUUCCCACACUGCUUUCCCCACUCACCAUCUGCCCUCCACCACCACAUCAGCUCCUGAAUGUGGACAGGGAUUUCAACGACAUAGGCAUGGCGUGCUUUGUCAUCAAGUCCAUUGCAGUGCGCAACUGCCUACCUCAAGCCAAGUCACGCCUCGUCCUCUCCGCCUGGAACCCCCCUCCCGACUGGUCUCGACAUGCCAUGAUUCGAGUGGUAGGCAAGAUAGGCAAGCCUGUGGACGGCGUCUCACCCAUUGAAACCUUUGAGGUGGAGAUCUACCCGCUGCGCAUCUACCUGACAGAGCAGAUGUACCGAGUGGUGUGGGACUACCUCUUUGCCAAGGAGCCAGACGAGCAGCUCAGGAAGCAG